UUCCGAGAAACUGGUGUAAACCCGAGAACUGGGGUGCCAGGGCAUAAAGGGCAGGGGUGGAUCCUGUAGGAGUGGGGUAGGACAGGAGGAAUAUAAGCGUCAGGAGCUCCCCGGUGCUCCCUGCGGAGCCGCUUCAUCCCGACCUUCUUCCAGCCCCCUCCAUCCCAGACCCUCCCUCCUCCUCCUCAGUGGUUCAGGGAGACUGGAAUGUAAUCCAGAACAUCACAGCCUGAUCCUGCUGCUGCUCAGAGAGAGGAGUCGGAGUCCCUUCCCUGCUCCAAGGUGAAGGUCCUGGGCCGUGACAUGCCCGGGGAGCCUCGGCAGGACAGCUCCUGGCAGAGGGUGUCCUUGGUCACAGCAGCUUCUGUGACCAAAUACUCUGGAGCAGCCCAAGAGCUGGAUGGGAGAGUGAACCCUGAGAAAAGGACCUGGGAGAGAAGAAGCAUGGCAGGCAUUGGAACAGUUGCUGCUGCGGUUGGUGUGAAGCUGGUUGAGAAACUCAUAGAUGAGAUCUGUGUGCGAACAAAAAAAGGACGGGAGGCAGAGGCCACAAAGCCUCAGGAAUCUUGGAUGAAGGAGGACUUCCAGGAGCUCAUCCAACAAGUGAAAGCUAUGCGUGAAGAUCUCCAGAAAGGGCAGGAAUCCAGUAAGUGUGAUAUUCAGCUGCUCAUAGAAGGCCUGAAGAAGGAACUAGAAAAAGGACGGGAGGCAGAGGCCACAAAGCCUCAGGAGUCUUGGAUGAAGGAGGACUUCCAGGAGCUCAUCCAACAAAUGAAAGCUAUGCGUGAAGAUCUCCAGAAAGGGCAGGAAUCCACAAAGCAGGAUAUUCAGCUGCUCAUAGAAGGCCUGAACAAGGAACUAGGAAAGACAGAGGAGGGAAAUACCCCAAAGUCUCAGGGAUCUGGGAUGGAGGAGACCCUUGUGCAGCUCUGCAAAGAAAUGAAAGCUAUGCGUGAAGAUCUCCAGAAAGGGCAGGAAUCCACAAAUUGCCUUCUUCAGCUGCUCGUAGAAGACCUGAACAAGGAACAAGAAAAGACAGAGAAGGGAAAUACCCCAAAACCUCAGGGAUCCGGGAUGGACGAGACCCUUCUGCAGUUCUGCAAGCAAAUGAAAACUAUGUGUGAAGAUCUCCAGAAAGGGCAGGAAUCCACAAAGCAGGAUAUUCAGCUGCUCAGAGUAGACCUGAACAAGGAACUAGACAGGAAAAUGAAGAAAAUGGCGAAGGCCCAGGAAUCCAAGAUGGACAAGAAACUCCAGCAGCUCUUCCAGAGAAUUCUGGAACAUGAAUUACAUGGGAGGCAGGGGUCCAAACAGCACAUCCUUCAGCUCCUCAGAGCAGAAACGGAGAUGGAACACGGUGUGCUGAUAGAAAGUGCAUCAGAAGAUGAGGGCACUGAUAUAGAUGCAUAGACAACUCCUGAGCAGGUGAAGCAUCGAUCAACAAAAUCAGUCUGGCUCUCAUUACAUUUCUCUUGAGCUUGGCCCCCCACCCCCUGCACUCCCUGGGCUCGCUGUGUUGGGAAGUGCUCGUGCUGCCAGAAGACUGAGACAAUUUUUAGGGCUUUUCUCCCUCCUGUGAGCUGGUUCCUCCUGUGCCAGGGCAGAUCCAUCCACUGCCCAGUUUCAAACAAGUGAAAGCAACAGCAGCCAAAGUGCAACCCAGAGCAGAGCUGAAUUACCCAGCAAGCUCUACACAAAGUCUCAGGGCAGAGUCCUGGGAAUCCUGGAUUUUAAGUUUUAACAUUUUGUGUGUGUGAGGAAUCUGGGAUGUACAGCAGUGGGGAACCAUUUCACCCGGAGAAUGUUCAGUUGCAAUCCUGAUUUUUCUGUGACAUGUUUACUACAGUCGCAUUACCUGUCUUCUUUCCUGCUUCUGUUUUUAGUUAAUGUGUAUCAGCACAAGUGUAGAAUUAGCACGUUCCUCCUGAGGCCGGGGCAACACCGGUCUUCCAAGGGUGCCUGUGCCCUGCGCAGGCAGAGGAGUUCCCUUAGAGUAAGAGAACUGUGGAAAGUAUUGCAGAAACAUGGUUGAUAGAAAGAGGACAUGAGAGAGAUGCUAUAGCUCUGGUCCCACGGUAAGAGAAAAGUAUUAAAAGGUCACUGUGUUUGAGAAACUGUGUACGUGACAGAAGAAUAGAAUAUAGUGGAUGGGAAAGCAGAGCAAAUAGCAAACAAGUAACCAUAAGAAGGUUAAAGAAACAGCAUUUGCGCAAAUAUAACUUAGGUAAUUAGAAGCCAAUGAUGAGCUUAGCUUUUGUAAUAUGUAUGAAGCUAAUUAGUAACCUUUAUAAGCACAGAGCCUGCAGCAAUAAAGUUGGAUAAGUUAUUGAUCAAUUUUGUGGUCUAAAAGUGUUUUUAUCCCGUCGUCUACAACAGAGAACCACCACUCUGCCCCGCUAGUUGGGCACCAUCUGUCACAGUCGCAGGGGAAAUAAGACGCGACAGCCGGGGGUUCGUGCAGAGUGGUAGCUCAAAGCUAUUGCAGCUUUAUUAGGGUGUGCCACCCCUAUUUAUAGGGUGGCAGGAGAAGGUUCCAGAAACCAAGGAGGAGCAUAGGACAGGCAGGAACAUAGACCAAUGAGAAGGGAAAGGAGGGAAUAAGGGAGAAAUAGGAGCCAAUGAGGAAAACAUCUGCAAUGCAGCAGAUUGCAGCCAAUCAGAAAAUAGGUAAUAAACAUGAGGGAAAAACUG